AUGUCGACAGAAAAAUACCCUGAAGAUCUCAAACAUACAUCGUCUAUCCAAGACGGUACUAUAAACGAUGUAUCAACCGCCGAAGCCCUGACUCUUUGUCAUAAUGCGGAGGACAUUGAGACGAGUCCUGAACUCGCGCGCGCUUUGAGAUGGAAGUUGGAUCUUCGACUUAUGCCGCUUUUGUGCUUCACGUAUGCUUUGCAGUCUAUUGAUAAGAAUACGAUUAGCUAUGCUGCUGUGUUUGGUCUUAGGGAAGAUAUUGGUCUGAAAGGGAAUGAGUUUUCUUGGACUGGAGCGAUUUUUUAUCUGGGAUAUCUUGUGUGGGAAUUUCCUACGAGUAUGUUCUUGCAGAGAUUUCCGAUUAAUUACUUUAUGUCUGGAACUGUGAUUGCUUGGGGCGCUGUGCUCAUGGCUCAUGGAGCAGUCCACUCAUUCCCGGCCCUGGCAGCCGUCCGAACCCUUCUAGGCGCAUUAGAAUCUGCUAUUAACCCAGGAACUAUGCUUCUUUUCAGCAUGUACUACAAGCGAACCGAGCAGCCUCUACGAAUGGGUAUAUGGAUUGGAUCCGCUGGUAUAGGGUACAUCAUCGCCGGAAUCGCCAGUUUUGGUAUCGGACACAUCAAUUCCUCGUUGACAUCGUGGCGAGUGCUCUUCAUCAUAUGGGGUUCCAUCACUGUUGCUUGGGGCGUCUUGCUUUUAUUUUGCCUACCCGGUGCUCCGAUGCGAGCAAAGUUCCUCACGCCUGACGAAAGAGCACGUGUAGUUGCGAGAGUCAAGGAUAAUGGAACGGGUAUUGAGAAUAAGCAUUUCAAGAUGCCGCAGUUUUGGGAGGCUAUGUUUGAUCUCAAGACUUGGUUGUUGUUUCUGUUUGCUCUUACGAGUAAUUCACCAAACGGCGGACUGUCAGCUUUCCAAGGUCUAAUCAUUAAAGGUGCUGGAUUCAGUACACUUACCACAACACUUUAUCAAAUGCCUUCUGGUGCAGUUCAACUGAUUGCUUGUGUCUUAGCAUGCUGGGGAGCUUCAACUAUCCAAAAUUCUAGAAUUCCAAUCAUGCUACUCGCUCUAGUCCCAUUCCUCGUCGGAGUCUUGGGUCUUCACUUUAUCCCCCACAGCGACGCCUACGCCCGUCUCGCAUGUCUUUGGAUGUCCUUCUCCUACACAGCAACAUGGACUUUGAGUAUGGCCGUUUCAGUGGCUAAUACAGCAGGAUAUACGAAAAAGAUCACGACCAAUGCGAUUCUCUUGAUUGGUUACUGUCUCGGUAACUUCGUUGGUCCGUUCUUUUUCAAAACCGAGCAAGCACCGACGUAUGAGCUUGGCGUGGCGAUGAUGUUUACGUGCAUUGCUAUCCAAGUCGCAAGUCUUGUCGGACUUUGGGUUUUGUUGUGGAUGAGAAAUAGGUCUAGAAGGGCAUAUCAUACAGAGGGGGACGAGAACCAGAGGAGAGGAUGGGAAAUGGGUUUGUUGGAUAAGACGGAUCUUGAGAAUAAGCAUUUCCGAUACGUAUACUAG